AUGGGGAGAAAAAAGAUUCAGAUAGCUCGGAUUAUGGAUGAACGGAAUCGGCAUGUGACCUUUACCAAGCGCAAGUUCGGUCUGAUGAAGAAAGCCUACGAACUGAGCGUGUUGUGCGACUGCGAGAUCGCCCUCAUCAUCUUCAACAGCACCAACAAGCUCUUCCAGUACGCCAGCACCGACAUGGACAAGGUUCUGCUCAAAUACACCGAGUACAACGAGCCCCACGAGAGCAGAACCAACUCCGACAUUGUGGAUACACUGCGUAAGAAAGGCUUGAAUGGUUGUGACAGCCCAGACAUAGAAGCAGAUGACUCUGCUGGUCAGAGCCCGGAUUCUGAUGACAAGUAUCGCAAAAUAAAUGAAGACAUCGACCUCAUGAUCAACAGACAGAGAAUUUGUGCUUUGGCCCCCUCUAACUAUGACAUGGGUGUGUCGAUGAGUGGCAGUAGCCCCAGUGGACUACUCUACCCUCAUCCUGCCAUCGGGAAUGGGAUGAGCAGCCACAACCUGCUGCCCCUGUCCCACUCUUCUAUGCAGAGGAACAGCAUGUCUCCUCAGCGGCCACCAAGCACUGGAAACACAGGGGGAUUGAUGAGCCCAGAGCUGGUGUCCAAUGUUGUAAAUGGAAACUAUAACCAUCACUGCCCCUCCCCGGGACUGCUGUCAUCAGGGGUCUCAAAGAAUCUGCAAGACAAGAGUCCACCUUCAAUGGGCAUGAGCCGGAAGCCUGACCUGCGGACUCUAAUGCCCCCUUCCAACAAAUGCAACAACAUGCCGACCAUUUGUGAGGAUUUUGAUCAGAUGCUGAAUCAAAGGAUAAAUCACUCUCAGACGGCCCAGACGUUAAACACUCCUGCUGUGUCUCUCAAUGCGCCCACUUUGGCGUCACAUGGAAUGGGCGGGUACCCCUCCUCACUGUCCUCCCCUUACGGAACAGAAUUUUCUCUGGGAAGUGAACUGUCCUCCCUGUCUGGUUUUGGUAGUCUAGGACAUGGCUCUGUCACCGGGUGGCAGCAGCAGCAGAUCCAGAACAUUCAGCAUUCAGCGCUGGGACACAUGAAUAACUUAUGCCAGAACUCCAACCUGAACCUGUCGCCGACUCAGCAGAGUCUUCACAUUAAGUCUGAGCCGGCCUCUCCGCCCCGGGACCGCAGCGGGGCCAUGGUCAGUGUUCUGGGGGCUGCAGGAUACAGCCGCGCUCCAAACGAGUCCGGACGCUCUCCUGGUGACAGCGCCUCCAGCUGCGGGAGCUCGUACGACGGCGAAGACCGAGACGAUCACCAUGGAAACGACAGCUUCCUGCUGAGGCCUCUCUCCAGCGUGGAGGAGCGACACAGCCCGUCCGUGAAGAGGAUGAGGUUAUCAGAAGGCUGGGCCUCAUGA